UUCAUUGGAUAAUGUAGCGUUUUUUUAACUUGAUGGUAUAUAAAUAAAUUGAAUAUUUUUAUUUAUGUUACUGUGAGUUUAAUUAAGUGUGAUAGUUCGUUUUAAGAGAGGUGAAAUAAUAUGGGUAUAGAAAACAUGCGUCGCUGGCCCAUGUACUUGAUGUUCGCCGUGUGCAUUCUGCUGGUCCUUUCACUAUUAAAUAGUGGAAGUAUGCUCACCGUGUUGCGAAACAGAGUAGCUGAAAUGAGCGUACAACUUCAAGAAUGCUCUAAACAACAGACCUCAUGUAUGGAAGAGUCCCUGCGGCUUCUUGAACAAAAAGACGGUUACGUUUCAAAACUCGAUGAUCUCGACAAAGAAAAAGGGAAGUUGAUUGACGACAUUAAAGACUACAAACAUAAGUUAACAGAAACGGAACUUAAAGUUAAUAGAACUAAAAUGGACGAGCAGCUGUGUGUUGCGGAGCGCGAGUCUUUAAAAAAUCUGCAGCUGAGCAAAGAAGGUGUUAUCCAGACUUUGAGAUUAGAAAAAGUUACUUUAACAGAUCAGUUAGCUGAUAGAAAAAAGAAGAUAGAAGAUUUGGAGAAGCAGGUAGAAAAUUUAAAGGCAACGUUAGCUUCUAUGGCUACAAAGCCAGCUGCGAACUUAGUAUCAUCUAAAGUUACUCCUGCCGCCCAGCCUCCUAAGCUAAGCCCUGCUUUGAACGCUCAUGAACCGCUUAAUGAACCUAUCCUUGACAAUGAUGCGAAGGAAGACAUUGAUGACACAAAUGUGCUAAAUGAUGAUCAAGGUUUUGAUCCACAGAUGUAAAUAAGUUUUUUUAAGGUAAGGAAUAACUGGCAGGGCAAUAAAAGAUGAUUGUUACAUCCUGACUGAUAAGGAAAAACAUAGCCAAAUUGUGUUGAACUCCAAUAAAAUUGUUGACUCACUUUAUUUUGUAUUGUAAUACCAUAAAACCUCCAAACUAUAGUCCAAAGCUCAUAACAGUCCCAACUAAGGUCCAAAAUUAACUGUACUUUUUUUUCGUUCAGGUGUGCCUUUUACUGUAUUUUUUGUAGUUCUAAGACAAGGUAUGUUUAUAAGUGGAAGAAAAAACUUGGAGUAAACCAAAAGGAUUGGUAUUUAUACUAAAUUUCCUUUUGAACCCUGGACCAUAGUUCUACUAUUGGAGUAUAGUUGGGAGGUUUUACAGUAUUAAAGUGUGAUUUAUGAUAUUUUUAGCUACUGAUACUUUUUGUAUGAACAAAACAACACUCCCAGUGCAAUUAUAUACAUGACAUUUUAUCAUUUAUGAUAUUGCAAUAGUUAAUUAUGCAUUUACUACAUUUACUCAUUUUUCUAUAUUUAGUUAUCUAUUGUUAAUUAUACAAAAGUAAUUACCAUUUAGAAGGGUUAUUGUUACAGACAAACUGAUAAGUUUCUAUGUUUUAUAUAAUAUGUAUUAAUUUCGCUAAAUGCUGGCCUAUACAUGGGGUUAAGAGCUAGGCAUAUUUAUCAGAACCAGGCCAUAAUACACAGAAGUGUAAUAACUAUUAUGAAAUGGUUUUGUUGUUAAGAUCACAGAAAUCACAUUUGGUGAACAAGUUUUUUUAAUGUUACCCAAAGUAUUGCAAAAUUGUACCUGUUAUUAUUUUGAAUGAGGUACAAUGGUACCUCACUAGCUAGAGGGCAAAUGUACCCUUAACUAACUUUGAUUAAAAGUAAUUUUAUAGUUGAGCUUAUCAGGCAAUCUUUUUUCAAAAAGUAUGACCUGUAGGGCUAAGAUGGUUGGCUCUUUAUCAUUUGUCACCAUGCCUGUCACAUUUUAACAAAUAUUUAAGUGCGUAAGUGACGCAUGGCAUGACAGGUGAUAAAAAUGCGACCAUGAUACCGCUUCUGAUAUUAGCUUUAACUACUAGCUGUACCUACAAACAUCAAAAAGAAAUAAGGCAAUAUUUUUUUUAUAUUUAAAUAUACUGUUGUAUUCAAUAGUGAAGUCAACAAUAUGUUAUUAAACAAUUAUUUUCUGAUAAUUUUGUAUAUGGUUGUGGGAUUGUGCAAGGAGUAAAUUGAACAUAAAGGCAUUAUCAUGAACAGGAAACCAAUCUUGUGUUCAUAUCAAGUGUGUUAAAGAAGGUCGAAUAUACAAUGAAUCUGUAUAGCAGUUAAUACCUUUUGAAAUGAAUGAGUGAUGGCAAUUUGUAAAACAUCAUUCUCAAUUAUAUGCUGUAGGUAUGUGUAUUGUAUACACUCCCCAUACCAAUAAAAGCAAUUGGUUUUUAAACAUGUGGUUGCCUUAUACAGGAUGAAUGAACCAAAUGGAUCAUAAAACAGCAUGAAACUGUAAAAAAAGAAAGCAUAUAAUUCUUUCUUGGGGUCUACACAGAUCCACGAUUCGUAAACCUUAUUAGAAAACGGUACAUUCAGGAAUACUAUUCGCUUAGCACCUUUGCAUACAAACUUCUGUGCAGGGGGGUCACUUUUCUCUGCAGCUGACUGUACAUAAGGUCCACCAAUGUUCAGUUAAGAGUUGUGUUAAUCUCGUAAGGCCCACCAUACAAAUAUUUCCUAUUUUUAAUUUGAAACUUGUACAGUAAAUUAGGAUGAAUUUAUUUGAGAAAGAUUUGAAACAAAUGAAAAGCUACUUUAUUUGGUUUAUGAAAGGUUCUUAUUAGAUUGAAAUGGAGUAUACAUUGUAAUUGUAAUGCACAAGCACAUGUUACGAGUUUAGUACACAUCCAGGCAGUAGUGCGAUAAGAAACGAGUGUUUACUUUACACACUGUUAUCAUAGUAUCAAUGUUUUGCGUGAAUUAAGUAUUAUAAAUUAUAAGCCAUCAUGGUGCCACAAUUUGUGUAGUUUUAGAUCUGAUUUGUGUACUCUGCUCAACCCCAUAUAUCAUUGUUGUUUUCAAGAAUGUUUAAUUAUUUAUCAGGUACCUUGCGCUUGUUUGCCACCAAUGCCUUAAUUCAUGUGGUUGACAUUCUUGACUGAGUUUAUUUAGGUCUUGGUCAGAGAUAGUGGCGAAACAAUAUGGUAAAGAGGUCUUAAUAUUUUCCACAAAAAAGGGGAGGACAUAAGAUGAAGUUAUCCAAUUGAUACGGUUACGUCUAUAAUUUAUUAUUUUGUCUUUAUACGAAGAAAAAUCUAAUUAAAAUUAUUAUGAUUGAUAAAAUGAGAGACUAGAAGUUAACAUUGGCAACUAUAGGGGGAUAAGUACAGUCAAAACAUUUUGAGUGCAAAACUACUUCCAAGUUUAUUUUAUUUUGAAAACAGCAUACCUAGUGAGUGAUAUAAUUAGAUUAAUUAGUACCUAUUUGACUUUCUUUUUUUAUAACAUUAUUGUGUUGUAUAAACCCAUUGUAUACUAUGAAUAAAGAAGGGAAUUGAAUUAUA